GAAAGCUGAAGCUAGAGACGAAGGUAUGAUGGCGGUCGCGAUGGAGACUGAACAAUUCCCUUACUUGCCUUCUGGGCUUGAUCAAGUCAAUAAGAUGAUCAAGGAGCACGGCGACCUGUUCACAGAUAACCUGUGCAGUGUCUGCAAUGCUGUCCUCAUCUCUGAGUCGCAGAAGUUGGCUCACUAUCAGAGCAAGAAACAUGGCAACAAGGUGCGACGUUACCUUUCGAUCCAAAACGAGAAGGAGCCAGACUCAAAAAAGCUCAAGUCUACAUCCUCUGACAGUUACGACGCCAACAAUGGCGAGUCGGACCCGAUGAAGAUUUGUGACACCUGCAAGAUGACCUUUACGUCCGCUGUCAUGGCGCACUCUCACUACCAGGGAAAGAUCCACGCCAAGAACCUGAAACUCAAAUCGGUGGAUCCUCUGAUGCUAGGCCAACAGGCCGCACCGGCUCCAUCCAAGAAGAAAGCAGCGGCGGCCGAGGCGGCGGCGGCGACGGCGACUGGGGAGGGCGGCGAGGGGAGCGACAAAGACCCCAACCGCUUCUGCUCCAUCUGCCAGGCGUCCUUCAACAACGCGCUGAUGGCCCAGCAGCACUACUCGGGCAAGAAGCACAAGAAGCAACUGACCAAGCAGGACCUGAUGAAGAUCUACGGCGCGCCCGCCACACCGGCGUCCACAGCAAAGGGCUUGCCGUGUACCCUCUGCAACAUUGAGCUCAACUCUGUGGAUCAGUACCAGUCUCACAUCAGCGGGGCCAAACAUAAGAACCAAAUGAAGAAAUCUGGCCAGAGCCCGUCCGACAGCCAGCAGUCAUCGGCUCCCCAGAACAAGAGCGCUGACGAAGACGAAGAGCUUGCCGAAAACAACUACGACGAGCAGCCCGACAACGGCGCAUACCAGUUCCGCUCAUCGAGCGAGCAGUUGGCGUCGGGGGAGGACCAGUUUGUGACGGAAGAAAACCUUUUCGAGACGGAAGAGAACUUCUUCGGGAUCGGAGGCAACACGUUUCCCGCUGCAGACGACCAAUACAACGAAAGCAGCUAGUACGCCACUACUAACAAGUACUAGAACCAGGAGACUGGGUUUAGCGCCGGACUAUGGAGGAUUCAGUCAGGACCCAGAACAAUAGCAAAACCUAACCCCACCACAAGACCCCACGCCCCACCACCACACACACACACACACACACACUCGCACACACACAAAAGCAGCUUUUUCUUACAAUAGGAGGCUGAACCCCAAUGUGAAGUUUCAUCGUUUUAAAUCCUAAUUCUUUAAAACCUCUUUCCCUUUUCGAGCCCAAAAAUAAAAAAAGCUUCUGACAGCUGCGACUGUCUUUCAGCAUGCGAUGAAUUUAGAAACAUUGCCCUUGAAAAAUCACAAGAGCUUCAGUGAGGAACCCAAAAAUCCACACAUAUCAAACGCUAAACUUGGUGGAAGUUGUUACUUUUACCAAAGCGGCUACUGUCGUCGUACCACAGCAUAGCUUGGAUUUAUAGUUGUGGAAUGCUUUUAUCCAUCUUACACAUUUUUUUAACAGUGCUUGAGAAUCUUCGCUAAAAUGCAAAAAUAAAAAUUAUUAUUAUUUUGUAAACUUUUCAGUUAACCAAUUCAGUUAAGAAACAAAACAAACAUUUACAACUUCCCUACUAGGUCACGCGACUACACUUGAAUGCUGCUUUUCCACUCCACUCUAUCAACUUGCUCCCCCCCCCUCAGAUUGUGGGAAACUGCAAAAACCACGCUGCACUGAAUGAAUCAGUCGCGACAAGACAAGGGUCUUCUCUAUAUUGUUAAAGUGGGAUACACACACUGAUUUUUAACACCUCGAUGGAUUUCUUAAAGUGUGAGAAACUCCACACAUGGUGAACAAAAUCUGCAACACAGAUUGAUUUUUAUUUGACCUUUAUUCAACCAGGUAAGGCAACAGAUUCUCAUUUGCAAUGCUGACCUGGCAACAGACGAGUGAAACAAAGCAGGGCAUAAUAAUGAUGUCUGUUGUAGUACCUAGAGUGACCUGUGAAAGGCAGCACAGUGCCACAGGGCAUCCGGAUUGCUGGAAAAUACGAAGAAGAAAUGGAAGCAGCUUGGAAGUUGUAACGAACACUCAACACAACCAGUGGCUCUUCACACACACCAUCGGAUAAUCUUUCAGCAAUAAUCGGGAUUUUGCUGACUUUGCUCGUUCUGCCUGAUUAUCAGUACACAUGCAGUGUGUACUCUGUCCAAACUGAUUGGUGAAGGGGUUGGAUUGCUCAAAUUGGCCCUUAAUAUCGGUAUGGAUGUACACCGCUUUAACAUUGGCGAUUGUUGACCUUGACUGGUUUGUGAGCAGAUUGGGGAGGAAAAAUCUCACUUGGCACACACCACAGGAUAAUCAUUCCGAAUAUCGGUAUGUGCGAACCACCGCUUAAAGAGACUGCGGCUUGCGCGAACAUGCUCGGAACCCUGGCUGAGCAGGUACUAUUUCUAGUACCAGCUUUUCCCAGUGGAAAAGCAUCAACGGGGAUUGGGGCAGUGGAGAAGCAGCAUUAACCACUCGUGCUUUCGAGCACUCUCGCGUGGGAAUCGCCGAAAGAUGUCAGGUGGUAUAGAUCAUGGCGCGUCCUGCUGUCAAUUGUAAUUUCCUCACACUGGAAGUAUCGUUGUCACUGAGAAGAAAAGUAGUUUGAAGCAGCUCCUCUUCUACUGUAGUUUUUCCUGGACCGUUGACUUGUUUUAAUUCCGCUUUUGCAGUAAAUGGCGGUCAAUAACACAGAGUCCUGCGUUUCAUAGCGUCUUCAAGUGAUGUCAAAAUAGACAAGUGAUGUCAGUGAGUAUCAUUCAAGUAAGUCUUAUCUGUCAUCGACUGGUUGAAUAUUUUAUUAUCGAAUGUUUGCUUUAUACAAAAAAACAAAAAGUGCCCCCCCACCCCCUGCUGUACAGGUUGUUGUCAUCCUCGUUGGUAGUGAUAUUUUGGUCCUCUUACUUUCUGCAAAGUUGCAAGUUGUGCAUCCGUUACAUUAAAAAAAAAAAAAUACAUCCUUUCUCACAGUUUGCUGGCCUGACUUGAUUUCGUUGGAAUAUAUUAUAGGUUUUCCCACUUAUGUGAUAAGAAUAUCAGUGUACUGAUAAUUAUACAGACCCUUUCCAAAAAAAUGUAAUAUGGAAAAUUUUAUAUCCAUAAUUCCAUUCAAAAGUAAACUUUUCCAUGAUGUUCAUUAUUUUUGGAAAGGUUCUGUAUAUACAGUUGCAUCGCAAUACAUUAAACUAUGGUGGAAUUGUUUUUUUUAUUUCAGUUACAAAGUGAAACUCAAACUAUACCGAUUCAUUAAACGCAAAGGAAAAUACUUUUCAAAAGGCCAA